CGCCAAAGAUCUUAAGAAAAGCCACAUGGUGAAUGACAGUCCAGUCUCCCCACUCCACCAUGCACCGCCAGCCCUCAUUUCCCCCGUCAGCCACCCCUCGCAGCAAACACACCACAGCACAGUACAGCAAAGGCCCCCCAUAUCACUUCUCUGUGUGAGCGAGCGUCUCUGGUCAGAGUGCAGUGCAUAUCAAUCGUCAAAGCAAUGGUUCAAGCAAACUGUUGAAGCAACUCGGCCAGGAUUGACUGUGUUGUGUUGUGUUGUGUUGUGUGGGUUCAAUCAUGAGACAUGGAAUCCCGUGCGGCAGCCGGGCGAGCAUGCAGAGCACUUGUUGCAGCACGUCCAGUACUUGGCACCUACACACACACACACACACACAAAUGAUUGAUAGGGACUCCUCUCCCCCCUCUCUGUCUGCGAUUGACUGUGUGUGUCCGUGUGUGUGUGUAUACCUCCGCACGACAUGCAUGAGAAAAACUUGAUCUUCCCGGGAUGGUAUGUGCAGGCAUUCUGAACCCCCCCACCAUACACACAGACGCACAGAGACAGAGACAUUCUCAAUCCACGCCCUCCCUCCCUCCCUCCCUCCCUUGGCUCCCCGUCUCACCUCCCUCCCUCCUUACGGCAUGGUUCUCAGCCAGUCUGUAGGUCUGCUCGCACCGGAUGCACACCCGGUCCUCGUCCACCACACCCUUCAACCGCCGAUUCUCCUCCCGCAGCGCCUCCACCUCCCCCUUCAGCCCAUAGCUGCGCUCCAGGGCCUCCUUCAGGCUCCACUGGUGCACAGCCACACACUGCUCCACCGACCUCACAAACGCCUCGAGCGCCUCCUGGGCCGUCUUGGGGGGCUUGCUAUCUCUGGUGGUGUCUCGGGGGGGAGGGAUGACGGUCGGCACCUGCACUCGCGCGUCGCCCAGCAUUGGGGCGGUGGAAGUGAGGUCGUCGCCCAGGCCGGUGAUGCCCCGGACGAGUGACGACUGCAGGGCGGCCUCUGGCGGAGCGUCGUGGUAUGAGGACCGACGACGGCCUGACGAAACAAAAGAGACACAAUCAAUCCCUGCGUGUGAUCCGCUUCCCUUCCCUCCCCCGAUAGACUCAAUCGAUGGGAUUCGCUUACUUGACUUGGCGUCCCCUUGUCUGCCCCCCGCCGCCCCCCCGCCCUUGCCGCCCAUCCCUCCCAUGUCGGUGUCUGGCGAGAGUCCAUACGACUUGAUGAAGUCCUCAAGGAUGGCAAAGGACGACGAGCGGCGCACCUGUGCCACAGACUGGCGCGGCAUCGGCUGGAGGUCGCCUCUGGGGGGCGGCGGAGCCUUGCCCUGCGCGCCAGGCCCUGCGCCCUUCUUCUUUGCUGCCGCCUUUGACUUGUCUGGUGUUGUUGUCGCGGGUUGGAGCUGCGGCUGUUGGGGGAAGGCUGGCUGUGUGUUUGUGCUCUGUGCGAGGGGGGAGGGCUGGGAUGGGGGAGGGCAGUGGAGCUUGGCGAACGUGCAGAAUGUCUCGAGUCUGCUGCGCCAGGGGGCAGUGCUCUCCAGGUCCUCCUUCAAGCCCUGCAGACACAAAGGGACAAAUGGGCGUUUCUGCAUGCACUGUCUGCACGCCCUCUCCCCUCCCUCCCUCUCACCAGUAGGUCCUCCUGUGUUCUGACGAUACCCUCCUGCAAAGCCUUCUCCCGCCUGGCCAUGUCCUCCCGCAACCGCCCCAGCUGCUCUUCCCGCGCCUUGACCCGCUCCUCCACCUCACCCAACUCAUACUUGGACCGCAACGACGCCUCAGCCUCCAUACUGGCACGCAGCUCAGCGUCCUUGAGCUGACGCUGUACCCUGUCCAGCUCCACACGCAGGCUCUCCACAUCGCCUGAGGCUCCCCCACCAACAUGAUGCUUCUUCUGCGGCGAAGUCGGGACGGAAAGCGGCUGGCGUCCUCCACCUCUCAUUUUUUCUCAGUCUGAGCAACAGCCGAGAAAAAG